AUGGCAGAUUCACGAUGUUUGAAGAUCACCGUUGGAGUUUUAGCUCUUCAAGGUGCUUUUAAUGAACAUAUUCAAUGUCUUCGUUCCGCCAGUGAAAUCCUCGCCACUAAAUCCCAAACCACAUUGGAAUCUACACCAAAAUCGCCAAAAGGAGACCUUUUUGUUGAAUACAAGUUCAUAGAAGUACGAAAUGAAGCCGAACUUAAUUCAUGUGAUGCACUCAUCAUACCUGGUGGUGAAAGUACUGCCAUUUCACUUGUUGCUCAAAGAUCAGGUCUUCUGGAACCUUUGAGAGCCUAUGUCAAAUAUCAUCGCUAUCCUACUUGGGGAACUUGUGCAGGCCUUAUUCUACUUGCCGAGUCUGCAAACCGUACCAAAGCAGGUGGCCAGGAGUUGAUUGGUGGUCUUGAUGUCCGAGUGAAUAGAAAUCAUUUUGGUCGACAAGUAGAAUCUUUCUCGGCCAAUUUAGAUUUGCCAUUUCUCUCAUCUCUAAGUCCGAGUUCCUCGGAGCCCAACCCGGAUCCUACUUCUACCCCUCUUUCUACUCCAGAGGAAGGAAAACCUGCUCCUUUCUCCGCAAUAUUCAUCCGAGCCCCUAUCGUGGAGAAACUCCUCCCCCACGCUCCUGGCGCUCAAAUUUCAGAAUCUACACUAGAAUCCACAGUCAUCGCACCUUCUCAACCAAUCGACUCAAAAUCUAACCCUAACCCUGAUACUAUCCUUUCCGCUCCCGUGGAGAUUCUCGCCACACUUCCCGGUCGCACAACCCAUUCCAUCCCAGAAAUUCAAGAAUCACUCAAUAGUGAAGCAGGAGAUAUAGUAGCCGUUCGUCAAGCAAAUGUAUUUGGAACAUCUUUCCAUCCAGAACUAACAGGUGAUGCGAGAAUUCAUGCGUGGUGGUUAGAACAGGUUGUUGAGGAUGUUGUCAAGAGAAGAGAAUUGCAAACAUCAUCAUGA